CCUAGCUGAGUCGAUAUCUGUGCCCGCUACUUGAGCAAGCGUCAACAGCAAUGGUAUUCCUUCGCCCUGCAGCUGCGGCCACGGCAUGCAUGUUCAUGCUGAGCGUCUUGCUGCUUCUUGGAGCGGCCGAAGCCCUCGCCAUCGCCGACCGGCAGGAGCAUAAAGCCGCUUCUGCUGGCCGGGAACGCAUCAGUCUCAACAAGGGCUGGCGCUUCAAGCGCUGGACGUCGAAUCCGGACGGGCUGGUCUACGACAAGCGCCAGGACACGCCAGGCCAAGCCCAAGUCUUGAAGUCCUGGAUCCUGCCUUCGGCCAACAACUUCAUCGGGGACGUGGCUAAAUAUUACAAGCGACCCGCAGGCGAGCCCAGUGGCGACAUCCCCUUCGCUGAGGCGACGUACGACGACCGCGAGUGGGAGGGCUUGGACUUACCGCACGACUGGGCUGCCAAAGGCCCUUUCUACACGGGCGAUAAUGUCGCCGUCGGCGGUGGUAUGGGCCGCCUGCCCAUCCAGGGUAUCGCCUGGUACCGCCGCAAGAUAACCGUGGGACCCGAGGACGAAGGCAAGCGUGUGUACCUAGACGUUGACGGCGCCAUGUCCUACGCCAUGGUCUGGAUCAACGGUAACCUGGCCGGUGGGUGGCCUUUCGGCUACAAUUCCUUUCGCGUCGACCUUACGCCGCAUCUCAAGCCCGGAGAGGAUAACCAGCUAGCCAUACGCCUCGACAACCCGGUCGAGUCGUCGCGUUGGUAUCCCGGCAGUGGCAUCUACCGCAACGUCUGGCUGGUGAAGGUUGAUGAGACUCACGUGGCCCACUGGGGUACCUUCGUUACGACCGAGGGCGCGACUGCUGAGAGGGCGACCGUCCAGCUGGCAGUACAGGUCGAGAACAGCGGCAAGGAGAGUAGAGAGGUCGAGGUAUCCACCGAGGUGUAUAUGUUCGAUCCCAAGACCAGGGGUCUAGGGGCGAAGGUGGCCACGUUCGCCUCGAAAACGGCCACCGUUACAGCUGGACAGAAGCAGACAGUCAACACCUCCACCACAGUUGAGAAGCCGCAGCUCUGGGGCCCACCGCCGACGCAGCGACCGAACCUGCAUGUGGCCGUGACGCGGCUGGUCGUGGGCAACAAGACCGUCGAUACCUACGAGACCCGGUUCGGCAUCCGCGCCCUCAACGCCACCGGCGAGGGCUUGCUGGUCAACGGCGAGCGUAUCUACCUACAAGGCGUUAACCAGCACCACGACCUGGGCGCACUUGGCGCGGCGUUUAACUACCGCGCGGCGCAGCGCCAGCUCGAGGUGCUCCACGAGCUUGGCAGCAACGCCAUCCGCAUGGCGCACAACCCGCCUGCGCCCGAGCUUCUCGACCUGACGGACGAGAUGGGUUUCCUGGUCAUGGACGAAGCGUUCGACUGCUGGCAGAAGCAGAAGAACCCCAACGACUUCCACCUCAUCUUCGACGAGUGGUCCGAGGCCGAUGUGCGUGCUAUGAUGCGCCGCGACCGCAACCACCCGUCCAUCUUCUCGUGGAGUAUCGGCAACGAGGUCGGGGAGCAAACGGACGGCGCCAACGGCGAGAGCAUCGGUAGGCGGCUCAGCGCCAUCGUGCACCAGGAGGACCCUUUCCGCGGCAGCACGGCGUCGAUGAACGUGGCCAAGCCCGACCAGCCGUUCCCGAGGUCCCUCGACAUCAUGAGCCUCAACUACCAAGGCGAAGGCAUCCGCGAUUCGGGUGGCUACGUCGACUUCCCGGGCACCCGCACGCCACCCAUGUACCCGGACUUCCACAAGGCCUUCCCCAACGCCCUCCUCCUCAGCAGUGAGACGGCGGCGGCCCUUAGCACGCGCGGCACCUACUUCUUCCCAGUGGCCGAGGAGUUUAGCGCGCCGCAGACGGACGAGGCCGGCGGUGGAGGUGACCCCCUGCUACGACAGGUCAGCGCCUACGAGCUGUACACGGCGCCCUUUGGCGCCUCCCCCGAUAAGGUGUUCCAGAAGCAGGACGAGAACCCCUACGUGGCCGGCGAGUUCGUCUGGACGGGCUGGGACUACCUCGGCGAGCCGACGCCAUACUACUCCGCACGCAGUUCGUACUUCGGUAUCGUCGACCUCUGCGGGUUCAAGAAGGACCGCUUCCACCUGUACCAGGCGCGGUGGCGGCGCGACCUCAAGACCACGCACAUCCUCCCGCACUGGAACUGGCCCGAUCGCGUUGGGCAGGUCACCCCCGUGCACGUCUUCUCCGCCGCCGACGAAGCCGAGCUGUUCCUCAACGGCAAAACGCUCGGCAGGAUCAAGAAGGACGGGGCGUCCAAUUACCGCUUCCGCUGGGACGACGUCAAGUACGCGGCUGGCACGCUGCAGGUCGUCACCUACAAGGGCGGCAAGGAGUGGGCGAACGACACGGUCCGCACGACCGGCGCGGCCGCACAGCUGCGCCUGACGGCGGACCGAGCCGAGAUCCAGGCCGACGGCUACGACCUGUCGUUCCUGACGCUCGAGGUGGUCGACGAGAAGGGCGAGGUCGUCCCCCAGGCGAGCAACGCCGUCAGCUUCGCCGUCUCGUCCGGCGAGGGCGAGAUCGUCGCCACCGACAACGGAGAUCCGUACGACAUGGUCGCCUUCCCGUCCAAGGAGCGCAAGGCCUUCGGCGGCAUGGCGCUGGCCAUCGUGCGCGCCAAGUCCGGCAUGAAUGGCGCCUUCACCGUGACGGCUACGGCGGCCGGGCUCGCUGCUGCGGAGGUCACCGUGACGGCCCUGUAAACACGUCCUGGAAGGGUGAGAAGUACUUUCCCUCAAGGGUAUGACGAGGUGGUCAGUUUCCCGUGGUGGAGGUAUUGGAGCAAAGGAGGAGCCAAAACAAGUGGAAGAGGGGCUAAUAUAACUAGUAAUAUGUUAUAAUGG